UCGUAGCGAGUGGUCGUGUGGUUCGGAGCCACAGCGCGCUUACCAAACCUUAGAAGUGGUACCUACCUACGUAUUGUACGUUACAUGGGGCAAUUACCAGCGCUCCAAUAACCUACCUAGUUCAAGGCACUCAUUCGAGUUUGUCAAGUCGUCGUCGGGGCCAAGAGAGUUCACUGCCAGUUCCAGCCAGUUCACUGUUUGACGGUGCAGGUCAUUGCCGUGCAAAUCGUUUGUUUUGUCUAUCCGGUUUGCAUUGCUGCACGAUGCUCAAUCCUUAUGUAUGCAGAAUACGAAAUCAAAUGAUUUUCGUAAUACUCUACAUGUUUUGCAUAUCUGGGUUUUGGAUACAAGUUGAAGCUAAUGGUUCUUUAUCGUUCGAUCCGGUUGUCAUUCAACUCAAAGAAGACCAUCAUGCAACACAUACAAAGAAUACUGUUAAGAGAGAUCAUGUACAUGGCAGCCACAAUAUCAGUAUCUUGGACGACAAAUUCAUGUUAGAUGGACAGACGCUGCACAUCAUGUCCGGGUCUCUGCACUACUUCAGGUUGCCAGCUGCGUACUGGCGCGACAGACUACGUAAACUUAAGGCGGCCGGACUCAACUCUGUCUCUACUUAUGUGGAAUGGAGCUAUCAUGAACCUGAGGAAAGACAAUACGUAUUUGAGGGUGACAGAGACAUAGUCAGAUUUAUACAAACGGCAGCGGAAGAAGGAUUGCAUGUUUUAUUACGGCCAGGCCCUUAUAUUUGUGCGGAAAGAGAUUUGGGAGGUAUUCCAUAUUGGAUUCUUGGCAAAUAUCCUAAUAUCAAGUUACGGAGUACAGACAAAGAUUUUGUUCAAGAAACACGAACAUGGAUGAAUACACUCUUCAGUCGGCUGUCUCCUCUAUUGUUUGGGAACGGGGGACCUAUAAUUUUAGUUCAGGUGGAAAAUGAGUACGGUAGCUACGGCAACGACAAGGCUUACAAAGAACAGGUCCGCGAUAUACUCCUGGAGCACGUGGGUUCUAAGGCACUGUUGUACACUACGGACGGGUACCCAGCGUCGUACUUCCGCGCGGGAGCUGUUGCGGGGGCACUCACCACAGUCGACUUUGGAACCAGUACUGACGUACCUUCAGCGUUCCGUGGGUUGCGACGUUUCAUGCCACAUGGCCCAUUGAUGAACUCGGAAUACUACCCGGGCUGGCUGACCCACUGGGGCGAGACCAUACAGCAAGUUAGGACCGAAGAUGUCAUCAAAACGCUGCGCAGCAUGCUUGAUAACAACAUAAAUAUUAACUUCUAUAUGUUCUUCGGCGGCUCUAAUUUUGAAUUCACUGCGGGUGCCAAUUAUGGGAAUAAAUAUGAACCGGACAUUACAUCAUACGAUUAUGACGCGCCCCUGUCAGAAGCUGGUGAUCCGACACCUAAAUAUUAUGCAAUACGUGAACUACUAAAAGAGUAUAAAUUUGAAGCGAAACACUUGCUGCCGCCAAUUCCCUCUCCUAAGGGUGCCUAUGGAACGCUGUCAGUACGCGCUCAACUUAAUCUCCUAUCUCCCGAUGGCCGCUCUCACCUAGGAAAAAAAUAUAAUGACGUAACUGGUUACAAGUUGCCAACUUUUGAGAAAUUACGUCAGAGAAGUGGCGUGAUUCUGUAUGAAACCACAUUAAACGAACCGAACGGAACUCUUACUAUAUUAAAACCGCGAGAUUGGAUAUACGUAUAUGUUGACGGGCAACUGGGAGGAAUUAUAAGCAGAAUGCACAAGAGAUACUCUAUAAAUUUGAUAUGCAACAAUAAUUCCGUAUUAUCACUGCUUGUAGAGAACCAGGGUCGAAUAAAUUAUGGAGAUUACUUGCAUGAUUUUAAGGGAAUUUUGAGCACAGUCAAUUACAACAAGAGAUCUCUCGACGGAAGAUGGACUAUAACAGGUUAUCCAUUGGAAGAUUUAAAAUUAAAUAAUAUUUCAAGUUAUGUGGAAUCAGAAGGACUGCAAGGACCCGUACUUUUUGAGGGUGAAUUUACUUUGCCCGCUGGGGAGCCUCUCGAUACCUUCAUAGAUACUACCGGAUGGAGCAAAGGUUACAUAUGGAUCAAUGGCUACAACCUAGGUCGAUACUGGCCAAGACUGGGACCUCAAAUAACUUUAUAUGUUCCUGGUGUAUGGCUCAAACCGGCGCCGGCGAGAAACCAUCUUCGUGAAAUGUCGGACGAUUUGAACUGUGAAAUUGGCCCGCCAUGCAGCUUAGUGCUAGCAGAUGGCACUAUAUUUCAUGGCAGAAGCUUCGGCGCCAAAGUUCCGGCUGAAGGAGAAGUCGUUUUCCAAACCGGCAUGGUGGGUUACCCAGAGUCCUUAACAGACCCAUCGUAUCACGCACAAUUAUUGGUCCUUACAUAUCCACUUAUUGGUAAUUAUGGAGUACCAGAUGAAAAGGAUAUUGAUGAACAUGGUUUACCCAGAUGGUUCGAAUCAAAUCGUAUAUGGGCAGCAGGUUUAAUAGUCGGGGAGGUCAGCACAAGGGCAUGUCAUUGGAGAGCACGCUGCUCACUAGGCUCUUGGCUGGCAUCCCACGGAAUUCCUGGUCUUUGCGAUAUAGAUACUAGAGCACUUACCUGCCGAUUACGUGCUGGCGUAACUCUUGGGCGCAUUGUACAGGGCACACCCCCUACAGGACCCCUUCCACCCUUAUCUGAUCCAAAUAGAAGAAAUUUAGUAGCUGAAGUCUCUAUUGCGGAACCAAAAAUUUUUAACCCCAAUGGAGAAAUUACAAUUAUGGCAGUCGAUUGUGGCCUCAAAUAUAAUCAAAUACGAUGCUUCAUCAAACGAAAUGCUAAAGUGAUACUGGUACCUUGGAAUCAUAGAUUAGAUCCAAAAGAAUACGAUGGACUCUUUAUUAGUAACGGUCCAGGCGAUCCUGAAGUAUGCAAAAAAGUAGUUGAAAAUAUUAGAGAACUUGUAUACAACAAAACUGAUAUAAAACCGAUUUUUGGCAUCUGUCUUGGACAUCAACUGCUGGCUACUGCAAUUGGUUGCAAAACUUUCAAAAUGAGUUAUGGAAAUCGAGGUCACAAUUUACCAUGCACUCAUAAUGGGACUGGUAGAUGUUUCAUGACAUCUCAAAAUCACGGAUAUGCCGUUGAUGCCAAUAGUAUACCAGAUGACUGGAAAGCAUUAUUUACUAAUGAAAACGAUAAAACUAAUGAGGGUAUUAUUCAUAAAACAAUGCCCUAUUUCAGCGUGCAAUUUCAUCCAGAACACACUGCAGGGCCCACAGAUCUGGAGUAUCUUUUCGAUAUAUUUGUUGAAUCUGUGAUAUCGUAUAAAAAUAAUAAACGUCCACUAAUUGAUGAAAUGAUAACAAAAAGAAUGGAAUUUAUACCUACAAUUCAAGAAAGGCCGAAAAAAGUCUUAAUUCUCGGGUCGGGGGGACUAUCAAUUGGUCAGGCAGGUGAAUUCGACUAUUCAGGUUCUCAAGGUGUAAAGGCAUUGCAAGAAGAAAAAAUUCAAAGUGUUUUAAUUAAUCCCAAUAUUGCAACAGUUCAGACAUCUAAGGGAUUAGCAGAUAAGGUAUAUUUUUUGCCCAUAACUCCGGAGUACGUAGAACAAGUGAUUAAAGCGGAAAGACCUACUGGAAUUUUACUUACAUUUGGAGGGCAAACCGCUUUAAAUUGUGGAGUUGAAUUAGAAAAAGCUAAAGUUUUUGAAAAAUAUAAUGUGAAUGUCUUGGGUACGCCAAUUCAGUCUAUAGUAGAUACUGAAGAUAGAAAAAUAUUUGCAGAGAAAAUUCAUGAUAUUGGAGAAAAGGUUGCACCAAGUGCAGCGGUAACUUCGGUAGAUGAAGCUCAAGCAGCAGCUUUACAAAUCGGUUACCCCGUUAUGGCACGGUCUGCAUUUUCGUUAGGAGGACUAGGUUCUGGUUUCGCAAACAAUGAAGAAGAACUUAAAGUACUCGCUCAUCAUGCUUUAUCCCAUUCUGACCAAUUAAUUAUUGAUAAAUCAUUAAAAGGCUGGAAAGAAGUAGAAUAUGAAGUAGUAAGAGAUGCCUACGAUAAUUGUAUAACAGUUUGUAAUAUGGAAAAUAUUGAUCCUCUUGGUAUACAUACGGGAGAGUCGAUUGUUGUAGCUCCAAGUCAAACACUUUCAAACAGGGAAUAUUACAUGUUACGUAAUACGGCCAUAAAAGUUAUACGACACUUUGGCAUUAUUGGCGAAUGUAAUAUACAAUACGCUCUUAAUCCAAAUUCAGAAGAAUUCUAUAUCAUAGAAGUGAAUGCGAGGUUAUCCAGAAGCUCCGCAUUGGCCAGUAAAGCUACAGGUUAUCCUUUAGCAUAUGUAGCAGCUAAAUUAGCCUUAGGCAUUCCAUUACCAGUUAUUAAAAAUUCGGUUACAGGAGUAACCACUGCAUGUUUCGAACCGAGUUUAGAUUAUUGUGUAGUAAAAAUACCAAGAUGGGAUUUGGCAAAAUUUAAUAAAGUCAGCACGAAGAUUGGAAGUUCAAUGAAGAGUGUAGGAGAAGUUAUGUCCAUAGGCAGAAAUUUUGAAGAAGCUUUUCAAAAAGCGUUAAGGAUGGUUGACGAGAAUGUUAAUGGUUUUGAUCCUAAUUUAAAAACUGUUAAUGAAAAUGAACUUCAAGAACCUACAGACAAGCGCAUGUUUGUUUUAGCAGCAGCAAUAAAAAAUGGUUAUAACGUAGAAAAACUAUAUGAGCUUACUAAAAUAGACCGAUGGUUUUUAGAAAAAUUUAAAAAUAUUAUAGACUAUUACAAAACUUUAACAACUGUUGAUAGUGGAACUAUAACACUUAACAUAUUGAAAAAGGCAAAGAAAAUUGGAUUCUCUGACAAACAAAUUGCAGCAGCUAUUAAAAGUACAGAAGUAGCUGUCAGAAAAUUAAGAGAAGAGUUUAAAAUUACUCCAUUCGUCAAACAAAUUGAUACUGUUGCUGCAGAAUGGCCGGCUUACACUAAUUACCUAUAUUUAACUUACAAUGGCAGUACGCAUGAUUUAGAUUUUCCCGGUGAUAUUACAAUGGUACUUGGAUCAGGUGUUUAUAGAAUAGGUAGUUCAGUUGAAUUCGAUUGGUGUGCUGUAGGAUGUUUAAGAGAAUUAAGGAAUCAAGGUAAGAAGACAAUAAUGGUUAACUAUAAUCCAGAAACAGUAAGUACUGAUUAUGAUAUGAGUGAUAGGCUAUAUUUCGAAGAAAUCUCGUUUGAAGUUGUAAUGGACAUUUACAAUAUCGAGAAACCAAACGGUAUUAUAUUAUCUAUGGGAGGACAGUUACCAAAUAAUAUUGCAAUGGAUCUUCAUAGGCAACAAGCCAUAAUAUUAGGUACGUCGCCAGAUAUGAUAGAUAAUGCUGAGAAUCGAUUUAAAUUUUCUCGUAUGUUGGAUAGAAAAGGCAUAAUGCAACCUAGAUGGAAAGAACUAACCGAUCUUGAUUCAGCAAUAACCUUUUGUGAAGAAGUAGGAUAUCCUUGUCUAGUAAGACCAUCAUACGUCUUGAGUGGUGCUGCUAUGAAUGUAGCACACUCAAACCAAGAACUGGAAACAUAUUUAAAAUCAGCAAGUUUAGUAAGUAAAGAUCAUCCAGUAGUUAUUUCAAAAUUUAUUAUGGAUGCUAAAGAAAUCGAUGUUGAUGUAGUUGCCGCUGACGGUAUCAUUUACUGCAUGGCAAUUUCGGAGCAUGUCGAAAAUGCGGGUGUUCAUUCUGGUGAUGCUACAUUGGUGACACCGCCUCAAGAUAUUAACAAUGAAACAUUUGACAAAAUAAAAGAAAUUUCUAGCAUCAUAGCAGAGACAUUAGAUGUGACAGGUCCGUUCAAUAUGCAGUUAAUAGCAAAAGAUAAUGAUUUAAAAGUUAUUGAAUGCAAUGUUAGAGUUUCAAGAUCUUUUCCAUUUGUAUCUAAAACUCUAGAUCACAAUUUUGUCGCCAUGGCCACCAAAUUAAUCUUAAAUAUUCCUGUUGAUCCUGUGGACGUAAUGACUGGCUGCGGAAAAGUUGGAGUAAAAGUACCUCAGUUUUCGUUCUCUAGACUUUCUGGUGCUGACGUUACGUUGGGCGUUGAAAUGGCAUCUACGGGUGAAGUGGCAUGUUUUGGCGAAAAUCGUUAUGAAGCUUAUUUGAAAUCUUUAAUGAGCACUGGGUUCAGAAUACCAAAAAAGGCUAUACUCUUGUCUGUGGGAACAUUUAAGCAUAAAUUAGAACUGUUACCAAGUGUGCGUGCAUUACAAAAAAUGGGCUACAAGUUAUAUGCUAGCAUGGGCACUGGAGAUUUUUAUACCGAACAUGGUAUUGAGAUUGAAAGCGUGCAAUGGACAUUCGAUCAUAUUGGAGAUCCUGAAGAUUCAAGGUUCGAUGGCGAACUUAUGCAUCUUGCAGAUUUUAUGGCAAGACGGCAGCUGGAUUUAGUUAUAAACCUACCUAUGAGGGGAGGAGCUCGCCGUGUUUCUUCAUUUAGUACCCAUGGAUACCGCACGCGAAGAUUAGCUGUUGAUUAUGCUGUACCUUUAGUGACGGACGUAAAAUGUGCAAAAUUACUAGUGAAGGCUAUGCAACAAUGUGGCGAUGCUCCAGCUCUGAAAACGCAUACAGACUGUAUGACUUCACGAAACAUAAUAAAACUGCCAGGUUUUAUCGACGUGCAUGUACAUGCCCGCGAACCUGGUGCUACGCAUAAAGAAGAUUUGGAUACAUGUACUGCCGCAGCUCUAGCUGGUGGUAUCACAAUGAUAUGUGCCAUGCCGAAUACAAAUCCACCUAUAAUCGAUCGCUCCUCAUAUGAUUAUGUAUCUACAUUAGCUCGUGUUAGUGCCCGAUGUGAUUAUGCUCUAUUUGUUGGAGCCUCAUCAAGUAAUUGUGAAACUGUAGCUGAAUUAGCUCCUCAAGCUGCAGCUCUCAAGAUGUACUUGAAUGAAACUUUCACAACUUUAACACUUGAUGACAUGAUUGUUUGGCAGAGACAUCUCCAGAACUGGCCAAAGAAAUUUCCGGUCUGUGCGCAUGCAGAACGCGAAAAGACUGGAGCGAUUAUUCUAAUGGCGUCUUUACUGGAUAGACCAAUACAUAUUUGUCACGUUGCUCGAAAAGAAGAAAUUUUAAUAAUUAAAGCUGCCAAAGAACGAGGUUUAAAAGUAACAUGUGAGGUAUGUCCACAUCAUUUAUUCUUAAACACAACAGACAUGCAUAGAAUCGGAAUAGGUCGUGCCGAAGUGCGCCCAGUUCUAUGUAGCCCUGAAGAUCAAGCUGAACUUUGGAAAAACAUAGAUAUUAUUGAUAUAUUUGCAACAGAUCAUGCACCACAUACUGUUGAAGAGAAAAAUUCAGAAAAACCGCCUCCAGGAUUUCCAGGCUUAGAAACAAUUUUACCUCUAUUAUUAAAUGCUGUUCACGAUGGUCGAUUAACUAUAGAAGAUAUCAUAAAUAAAUUUCAUAGAAAUCCCAGAAAAAUAUUUAAUCUUCCUGAACAACCUAAUACUUAUGUAGAGGUUGACAUGGAUUAUGAAUGGACAAUACCAUCUGCGAUGGAAUUUUCAAAAUCAAAAUGGACACCUUUUGCAGGCAUGCAAGUAUGUGGUGCUAUUCACCGUGUAACAUUACGUGGUGAAAUAGCUUAUGUUGAAGGACAAAUUUUAAUACCUCCAGGAUUUGGUCAAAAUGUUCGAGACUGGCCUGCACCUAAGAAACAAUCAUUUCCAAUAUAUUCCAUUGAAAAAACUGAAAAAGAACAAAGUCGUCCAAACUCUGCAUUAGACUUACAUUUGUCAGGAGAUAUGAGCCGACUUAGUGACCUUGAAUUAGACCAGAUUGACAGUAAGCAUGAGGGACAAAAUAAAUUGAAUGUACAUUUUAAUGAAAUAUCGGGAUUAAGAUCUGGAUCACCUUUGCCAGUUAGUAAUAGGCAGCGUUGUGACAGUAGUUCAAACUACAAUCCUCCGCAAGUACCAAUAUCUCACCGCCAACGUAGUGACCUGUUCGGCAAAAGCAUUUUAACAGUUGAUUCUUUUAGCAAAGAAACUCUCAAUGAUAUAUUUAAUCUAGCACAGUUUAUGAAAACUAGCGUAAAUAAGGGUCGUAAUUUAGAUGACAUACUACGUGGAAAAGUGAUGUCUUCUGUAUUUUAUGAAGUGAGUACACGCACGAGUUGCAGUUUUGCAGCAGCUAUGCAAAGAUUGGGAGGCUCUGUUAUUCAUACCGAUGCCACUAGUUCUUCAGCUAAGAAAGGUGAAACAUUAGAGGACAGUGUAGCAGUAAUGGCAAGUUAUUCAGAUGUUGUUGUUCUUCGUCAUCCAGAACCUGGUGCAGUUGCUCGGGCGUCACGUCAUUGCCGCAAACCGAUUAUUAAUGCAGGAGAUGGAGUAGGCGAACAUCCUACGCAAGCUUUACUGGAUAUCUUUACGAUACGUGAGGAAAUCGGUACAGUAAAUGGACUGACUAUAACCAUGGUGGGAGAUCUAAAGAACGGACGCACAGUUCACUCUCUUGCUCGUCUUCUAACUUUAUAUCAAGUUCAGUUACAGUACGUUAGCCCUCCAGGUCUGGGAAUGCCAAAACAUAUAAUGGAAUUUGUAGCAAAAAAAGGCAUACCCCAAAGAGUUUUUGAUAGUCUCGAAGAUGUGUUGGGUGACACUCACGUUUUGUAUAUGACUAGAAUCCAACGCGAAAGAUUUCAAAGUCCAGAAGAAUAUGAAAAAAUGCGUGGUGUGCUGGUGGUGACACCACAGUUGAUGACACGAGCGCGCCGACGGAUGGUCGUGAUGCACCCACUGCCUCGAGUCGACGAGAUCUCGCCCGAAUUCGAUUCCGACCCUCGUGCUGCUUACUUCAGGCAGGCUGAGUACGGGAUGUAUGUGCGGAUGGCCCUCCUUGCCAUGGUUGCCGGGAUUAAUCCUCUAGUGUAAUUUUGUGAUGUCAGUAUUGCUUGUGAUGUAAAUAUUAUAUUAUCUGACUACAAAAAUUAAUUGCAUAUCUAGACAUAUGUAAAUAUGAAUAAAGAUUUUUAUUUUUUA